UUAGGCCAUGACCUGCCAUGAAGACAUGAACAGUUUAAGCCUGAGAAAUGUAAAAGGAAAACAAAAAUACGAAAACGGUAAAUAACGAAGAGAGAGAAAAGGGAGGCAAUCCGCCAGAACCAAAUUUUCAUAUUGCUUCUCUCUCUUCCCGUCCGAUCAGAUCGGCCGCCUUUUGUCUGUAACGCAGGCCACCGAGAAUCUUUCCUUUAUUCCGCAUAUUUUCCAUCUCUUUAAUUUGUAUGUUACGUUUAAAUUUUGAAAAUUUCUGUUCCGACCGUUGAUUAUUCGAUUUUUGCAUCCAUGGGCCGAAUUCUUGAUCUGGAUUUCGAUUAAAAGUCUCACAAAAUUUAUUGCAUUUGGGAUUUCUCGAUUCGGCCUGUUAUUUUUCUCUCUGCGAAUUGUGGCGGGGUCGCAAUUUUUGCGUUAAUUUUAUGAAAAUUUCGUGUUUCGGGAUUUUUGGUCUCAAUGGCAUCAGCUCAGGUGCUGCCAAACCCAGCCGCUUCAUCACGGAAACAAGAGCAUUUGGAAGCUGGAAAGCGCCGGCUAGAUGAGUUUCGUAGAAAGAAAGCAGCUAAGAAGGCUGCAUCUUCUAGUCAAGCUAGCAAUUCUGAUGGCCAAGAUGGAAAACAACCUUCUGAAAAUGAACAUGUACGAGCUAAUGAGGCAAACGGAGUUAGCACAUCUGAUGGAAUUGGUGGAACUGUUAAUGAUGCAUCAAUUUCAGGGAUGAGCAAUGACAAAAGCCUGAAUAUGUUUACCCAAAAUAAUAAUCAGGGUUCUGUCUCUGGCAUCACUAGUUCUGCAAAGAAUGAUCAUAAUUCUUUAUCUACUACUCUUAUGGAGACACAUGUGAAUAUGGAUGGGGUUAAUAGAUAUAAUGCUUCUGGUCUUACUGGAUCUAUAGAUUUUAGUCAAAAUGAAGAAAAUCAGGUGAAUGAUAUGUAUACAAGUCAUGCUGGCGGAGUGGCAUAUAGGACUACGUACAAUGAAAAUAUUGCUCCCAAUUCACAGGAAAGUCAGGUGUUUUAUAGUAAUACUAAUCUCUCUUCUCUUCUUGGAAUCAAUCAAAGCCAUUCAAAUAAGAGUGGCAGUUCAAUGAAUGAUCAUACAGUUGCUGAUGAUGGGUCUCACUUUUCUUCAAAAUUCUCACCUCAGAGUUCUGUUGAUACAAUACCACAGAUUAAGCCAACUAAUUCUAGCACUCUAGAUAGCAGCUACAUGCAUGGCUCACUUUAUGGAAGCUAUGGCAAUUCUUUGAGUUCUGGUUUGGAAAAGACCAUUUCAAGAUCUGAUAGUGGUUUCCCUAGUCUGCUUAGUGUAACGAUGGAAAAGUUAAAUUCUACAGGUUCUGAUGCAAGGCAUUCAUCUAAUCAUAUUCCAACCCAUUCAGUGCCUAUGGAGUCUAGUUCUAGGAAGUCUCGUCCAUCUUUUCUUGAUUCUCUAAAUGUUGCCAGACCCGAGAAAGAUUAUUUUUUCUCCAAUCAUCCAGAAUCUAGCAUCACUGGUAUAUCAGAAUCUACCUAUUUUCCUGAUCCAUCCAUGGAGACCAAAACUAUGGCACCUUUCUCAAAUUAUACACCUACAAGCUUGCAGAGUCAAUUUGAUCAUUCAACAAGCUCAAAUUUUAACAGUAAUAGUCAAGACAUUCUGAGUGGCAGUGCGAAGGAGAAAAAUGUGGAGAAGAGACAUGAGUUUUAUGCUCCUACACAAAAUGAAGACUUUUCUGCUUUGGAACAGCAUAUUGAAGAUCUGACACAAGAAAAGUUUUCUUUACAACGUGCUCUUGAGGCUUCCCGAUCAUUGGCAGAGUCAUUAGCUGCUGAAAAUUCAUCUCUAACUGAUAGCUAUAAUCAACAGAGAAGUAUUGUCAACCAAUUGAAAUCUGACAUAGAGAGGUUACAGGAAGAAAUCAAAGUUCAUCUGAUUGAACUUGAGUCUGUCAGGAAUGAAUAUACAAAUGCACAACUAGAAUGUAAUGCUGCUGAUGAACGUGCCAAGUUAUUGGCAUCUGAAGUGAUUGGUUUGGAGGAUAAGGCGCUCAAACUUAGGUCAAAUGAGCUAAAGCUUGAGAAACAAUUGGAAAAUGCACAAGCUGAAAUUACUUCCUACAGAAAGAAAAUGUCCAGCCUAGAGAAAGAUCGCCAUGAUCUGCAGUCAACAAUCAAUGCUCUUCAAGAGGAAAAGAAGCUGUUGCAGUCCAAGGUACGGAAGGCUUCUGGAAUUGGGAACUCUAUUGAAAAUUCAACUAAGAAAAAGGACGUUUCUACAUCUACAGAAGAUAUAGUGAGCACAGAUGCUGCUGCAACAUCUUCCAGUCAGGAAAUGCACGACUCUGCUACGGAUUCCUGUGGUUUAUCCUUGGUUCCUGAAGCUGCGCAUUCAACUUUUGGAGGUUUUGCGAAUAUUCCACCUGACCAGACAAGAUUGAUUGAGAACAUUAAUGCACUUAUUUCUGAGUUGGCAUUGGAGAAAGAGGAACUGCUGAAGGCCUUGGCAUCUGAAUCGUCUCAGUGUUCCAGGAUGAAGGAGUUAAACAAGGAGUUGUCCCGAAAACUUGAGGCCCAGACGCAAAGAUUGGAGUUUUUGACCGCUCAAAGUAUGGCUAGUGACCAUGUUGCAGCAAAACAACCAGACUCUCACACUACGUAUGACAAUGCCCCAUAUGCAGAUGAGGGUGAUGAGGUGGUUGAAAGGGUGUUAGGAUGGAUUAUGAAGCUGUUUCCUGGUGGGCCAGCGAAACGAAGAACCAGCAAACUUAAUUGAUACAUUUUUUGUGACUUUUCACUGUUGUCAUCUCAGCCUAUACUUGGGUAUUGUGGUAUCAACGCACGGAGCCAGUAAACUUUGAUCCAGAGUCUGCACCAAGAUGCCUUUUUGUUUCCUGUCGCCUCCUCAAUGCAGUGGAGGCCGUGACCUUGUAUAUUUUGAGUGAAGCUAUGCAUUCUUGAAGAAAGAUGAGCAUCUAUCUUUUCAGAGCUGCUUAUUGAUUGGUGAAUCCAGUUGAAUGUGUUUUGGGAAGAUAUGCAAUAAAAUCUAUUCUAUAGUUUGAUCUCUGAUUGAAUUCCAAGUUUUGUUAGCCUGAUUGUGGGGAUGCAAAAGAGAGAAUGUACCCAAAAGCCUAGGUUGAAACAGAUGUGGGAACAUUUGUCAAAUAUGCAAGUGACAUGUGCAAGACAUUGGUAUAUAAUAGAAACAUGUGUUUUGUUGCAUUUGUCA